UCGGACGAUUGUGCACUCAGGGCGGAUGGUUAAUCAGCGAAAAUAUUUAGAGUCCUUGCGAAACUUUUGCUGAAGUAACGUGUCGUCGCGCGUUUGGCAGCGACUGUGUAUUCGUUCUCUCGACUCCGUAAUCGAUUGCCGGCUAUCGUCGUCGGUUAUCGUGUGGGUGGGAUUGGGAUUCUUCAAUGAUUCUUCGCAUGGGAGCCAAAAAGUACAGGUGACUCUGCCGGAUCCCCGCCGCAACCCCAUCGCAUCGUAGUCGCAGUCUUAAUCGCAACUCGAGUUAGCUUAACCCGGGCAUCUCCAAAAGUUUUGCCUAAAUUCAGUUAGAUAAAGUUAAACGACUCCUAAUGUCAAUUUAAUUAUGUGAAAACAAAAGUCGCGAGCGAGUUUAUUGUGUUUUCGUGAUUUUUUUCGGUUACCCGAUUAUCUCGGUUCCCCGAUGCGGUAAAUGGAUUUGGGGGGUAGGUUGAGAGUGAAAACAACGAAAUGCCGAACCGACCAGCAGAUUUACUAACGUGAGAAGAAUCUUGAAGGGAAUCAAAAACAGAGAAAGAAUCAAAAUGACGGCAAUAAAAUUACAACGAUUGAGGCCCCCAAGCCGGCGUUCCACCCAGCCGACCUCUCCCAUUGAUUGCCCGAGAAUAAUUGAAGCAGGACGCGGCGAGGACGCCUACGAAGGAGCACAGUUGGCAACAAAUUAUUUCAAAAAUUGCCACAUUAAGCACAAUAGUAUUAAUAAAAGUAAAACUUUAUGUUGGCUGGCAUUGACUUUGAUUUUAUUGGACUCUCGAAGUGUCCUGCAAAUGGCAAUGGCCCAAGUACCAGGUGGCGAUUCAUCUACAGGAUCGGAAUCACAAAUCGACACAUGCAGACAGGCUCUGGGAAUGGAGUCUGGAGCCAUCAACGAUUCCCAAAUAACCGCCAGUUCUGCCCAUGAUAUAGGAAAUGUGGGACCCCAACACUCCAGACUGAAGGUGGACAACAACGGAGGAGCUUGGUGUCCCAAGCACAUGGUGUCGCGGGGUCUCAAUGAAUAUCUCCAAAUUGAUUUUCUGCAGGUGCAUAUGAUAACCGCAGUUCGCACCCAGGGUCGCUUUGGCAAAGGUCAGGGUCAGGAGUACACCGAAGCCUACGCCGUCAAGUAUUGGAGGCCGGGCUUUGAUAAAUGGAUACAAUGGAAGAACAGUCAUGGGAACAAGAUACUGCCCGGCAAUAUAAACACCUACAGCGAGGUGGAGAACGUGUUGCAUCCCAGCGUCUUUGCCUCAAAGGUGCGCAUCUAUCCCUACAGCCAGUACGAUCGCACCGUCUGCCUGCGUGCCGAGAUAGUCGGAUGCCUCUGGAAAGAAGACAUUGUGGCCUAUAGUAUUCCCAAAGGUGCACAGCGUGGUAUGGAAAUUGAUCUUUCCGACAAGACCUACGAUGGCCAAGAGGAGGGCGAUCGCUAUGUGAACGGUUUGGGCCAAUUAGUAGACGGUCAAAGGGGCAAGGAUAACUUUCGAGCUGAUAAUAAUGGUUUAGGAAAAGGCUAUGAAUGGAUUGGCUGGCGAAAUGACACUUUGCAAGGAAGACCUGUCGAAAUAACAUUCGAGUUUAGAAAUGUUAGAAAUUUUAGCUCUGUGAUCAUUCACACUAACAAUAUGUUUUCCAAGGAUGUACAGGUAUUUGUUCAUGCCAAAGUGUUUUUCAGCAUAGGUGGGCAGAAGUUCACCAAAGAGCCUGUGCAAUUUUCUUAUAUGCCGGAUCAGGUUAUGGAUCAUGCUCGAGACGUGACUAUAAAGUUGCAUAAUCGGAUAGGCCGGUAUGUGAGGUUGCAUUUGUACUUUGCCGCCCGUUGGAUGAUGCUCAGUGAGAUUACUUUUAUAUCAGUUUCUGCUGACGGAAAUUUCACGGAUGAGGAGCUGCCUUACGUGUCAUCUUCUGGGGAUCCUAAGGAACCCGAAACUUCAGAGUAUCCUCUACAACGCGAUGAAGUUGGAAGAGCUUUCAGCACCGACAGUGAUCGAAGACAGCAAAACACACAAGUUAUUUCUCCAAAACCCAUUGACCACCACGAACCGGACUCUAGUUUUAUUGGCAUUAUAAUCACAGUGCUGGCCACAAUUAUAUUUCUGCUGGCUGCCAUUAUUCUGCUGAUAGUGGCCAGGAAAAAACGGGGCAGGAGCAAUGUUUUGGACGCGUUCCAGCACAAUUUCAACCCGGACACGCUCGGCGACGUGGAUAAGCGACUGAGCGGCAACGGUGUCCUAAAGGUGGUCACAACAAUGGAUGACAAUGAGUCCUCCAUUGACAAGAACAGUCUGUACCACGAACCCUUCAACGUUAACAUGUACACCAGUACAGCCAGUGCCUGCUCCAUGCAACGUCAGCAUGUAACACCGGACUAUACAGAUGUGCCGGACAUUGUAUGUCAGGACUAUGCGGUGCCUCAUAUGCAGCAGCUCCUGCCCAACUCCUCCUCCGCUGGGUCGGCAGCUGGGACAGCGCCGGGAACGGGGCCAGGGGCAGGGUUUGUGGCAGAAACGAUUGUUGCUGGUGGCAACGCGAGGACGCGAAACCCCCUCAGUGCGCCACAGUACCGGGCACCCUCCCCAGGGCCCCCGCCGCCCGAGAAAUAUUAUGCAGCCACGCCAAUUUACAACAAACCAAUGUCCAUGCCAGUGCCGGGAUCCCAAAGCAGCGGGUCGCUGAGCCUCAGCUCCUUGACUACAGUGGCGACCACGCCCACCGCAGGGGGUACUACCGUGGGAUUGGGUGGAGUCACCGGCAUGGGCAUGGGUAUGGGUAUGGGCAUGGGAUUAGGAAGCAAACCGCAUCAUUACAAUUUGGAAAUGAGUGCUAAUUCAGAGGAUAUUAACGAAGAGCAGGCCAAUUGCCAAGUGCAAGAGUUUCCACGUCAGUCGCUGGUUAUUGUCGAGAAGCUGGGCUUUGGCGAAUUUGGAGAGCUGCAUUUGUGCGAAACCAACGUUUUGGACGCCACCCUGGUAGCUGUGUCCACCCUGCGACCCGGGGUCAGUGAUCUUCUGAUCCAGGAGUUCCGAGGCAGGGCCAAGCAGCUGGCCCAGCUCAGUGAUCCCAAUGUGGCUAGACUGGUAGGAGCCUGUCUUAAGGACGAGCCCAUCUGCAUGGUGCAGGACUACUCACACUGCCUGGGCGACUUGAACCAGUUCCUGCAGGAGCACGUGGCCGAGACGUCCGGCCUGACGGCCAACAAGACUCUCAGCUAUGGCUGUUUAGUCUACAUUGCCACACAAAUUGCAUCGGGCAUGAAGCAUUUGGAGCACAUGAACUUCGUUCAUCGGGAUCUGGCAUCCAGAAGCUGCAUUAUUGGCUCAGAACUAAGUGUCAAAGUAUGCUCCAUUGGAACUGUGAUAUAUCGGUCGGCCUACGCAUCGGAUUAUUGUCAGUUUGAAGCCAAAAAUGGCAGACAAUCCCAACCCUUGCCAAUUCGCUGGAUGGCCUGGGAAAGUGUCAUAAAGGAAAAAUUUACAACGAAGUCAGAUGUUUGGUCCUUCGCCGUUACCUUAUGGGAAAUAUUGACAUUCGCCAGGGAGCAGCCAUACGAGCACAUGUCGGACAAAAAUGUUAUUGAAAAUAUUGGUCACAUCUACGAGAACGACAAAAUGCAUGAACUUUUACACAUGCCCGCCAACUGUCCUCGGGAAAUUUAUGACCUUAUGUGCGAGUGCUGGCAGCGGAACGAGUCAAGUCGGCCCAGUUUCCGGGAGAUACAUAUGUUUUUGCAACGAAAGAAUUUGGGGUUUAAGCCCAACACUCACGAUCUUUCAUAUUAAAUUUUAAUCAAAUUUUUAGGUUCUCAAAGUCACGUGCAAAAAAUAAUUUACAAGAAGGUAUGGUAAUAGUAUUAUAAAGAAAAUAUUGGGACUCUAAUGCUUUUAAUAGCAAGAGCAAGGAUUGAAGAAAGUCAUUAGAAUAUUAUAUACAUUUAAAGGAAAAGGAAGUAUUUCAACUUAAUUUUCACAAAAUUGGAGAAACAGGAUAAUUAUAUUUUUGCUUAAUGAAAUGCCACCAGAAACAUCUUUUAGUGUAGCAGCUUAUUUGAUAAAUCGGUAAUCGUAGGUAUUUUAGGUAAUAUUUAAAAUAGCAUUACAGUUUAUAUAAACAAAAUUUAAGACGCUGAAGUAUUCAUUUAGCAACAAAGAUUUUGCAAACGGAGUUGGAAGUCCUUUUUAAGACGGGCUUUAAAAAAAAACAUAUCCCAACUGUCAACUCAAAACUAACGAAUAGAAUUUAUAAAAAAAAUACAAAGAAAAGAUUAUACAUAUGAAUGUACCUAUCACUCUCCACCUCCCAAUCUAAUAGUUUUUGCUUUAAAUAUUUUAAUGUAAAUUACAAAAAUAAGGUACAUUUGCCUAAGCCUCUCCCCAUUUCCAAAUGACAAUCUAUCUCAACCCAAAAUCUAAUUUUGGUGUUGGGGCUCUUUGAAUAUGAAAUAUAAUUAAAACCUGCGUAUAAUUUCGACAAUAAAUACUAAAAAAAGAAAUUUUAAUUUAUCAUAAAAAUGCUUUAUAUACGAAAACCCAUCCUAGGAUAACCUCAAUCAUUUAGUUAAAAAUAAAACCUAUGAACAAGUCAAUUAGACUCAUAUCAAAAAUGCCUCUUUUUUCGUUUCAAUGUAUCUUGUGCCUUCUGCUGCUAUCAAUCAUCUGAAAAAUCAGAAAGAAUAUUAUUUUUGCAUUCUCUUAAACGCUUUAAAAUGGUUUCGCUGUAAAAAACAGAACUAUAAAUGUAUAAAAAAUUUAAGAACGAAAGCUUAAAUUAAGGCAGCUCAGUAAUUUAAAGAAGUAGAUUCUCAUAUAAUAAUAUAUGUAUGCUUUAUUCAUUAAAAUUAAGUUCUAUCGCAUAGGCUUAGAUUAAAGUUUGAAGAUUAAAACGUCAUAUUGUUUACCAGCUAUAUAAAGUUUGAAAAACUAGUAAUUAAUCACAAAAAUGUAAAAUAAAGUAAUUGGAAAAUAAAUACUGUUUGGAAAACACCGCAACUCGUAUACCCUUACAGUUGCUAGACUUAGUUGGAUGGGUUUGAAUGUAAAUAAAUAUAUCCGUAAUUCCUUUUUCUUGAAUGUCAAAUCUUGAAAAUUGAGGCACAACAUAUUAAUUUUUCCGAAUUCUUAGAAUUAUGAAGUAAAAUUGACAGCGACUAAUUAUGAAUACAUUUAAGUGAAAAAUGUAAGUAAGAAUUAAGGUGCAAAAAUAAAUACACACAGCCGCAUGUAACUUCA